UGAUUCAACAAUAUACACACAUAUUUGCCAGUCAUUUCCUCAUUGUGAAGACAGUUCACGAUGGAAGAUUAUCCUUAUCCGAUCAUCGUAGAGGGAGACUGGCGAACUGAACACGCAAAAAGUGUAAAAAAUAAACUUCAGAUUUACUUUCAAAGUAAGAAGAAAUCUAAUGGAGGCGACUGCGCUGUGCAAUACGAUGAGAAAAGUGGCACCGCUACGGUUCAGUUCAAAUCAUCUGACACCCGAGACGGUGUUCUUUCCAAGGCGGAUCACAUGAUUACCAUUGAAAAAUGUGAAGUCAAGUUGAAAGUGAGCAAACCUGGAGAUGUUGAGGAACAGCCAGACAACACUGGACAACCGAAGGAGCAGGCAUGCGGAUAUCAGAAACCAAAUCAAAGUGCCCCUCAAACUGAGUUGGAUGUGAAGGACCCUCAAGAGUCAAGUGCUGUAGUACUGGAGAAUGUUCCUGAUGAUGCUAAAAAAUAUAUUUUGGCUCUUUUGGUGGAGAAUGUCAGUAAUCUUUCAGAGAAUGACUUCCGCAUGGAGUUAAUACCAGAAUUAAACAAAACAGUUGUGAUCUUUAAUAAUCACAGUGCUGCAGGAAAGUUCCUUGAGAAGAGCAGGACACAUCGAAAUUUCCAGCAGUAUAAUCUGAGGGCCCGUGCACUGGAGAGAAGCACAUGUGUGAGGGUGGAGGAUCUUCCAGCUGAGGCCAAUGAGAUGUUGCUGGAACUGUAUUUUCAAAAAUGGGGUGGUCCAGUAGAAGACAUUAUCACAGUUCCAUCGGAGAAAGCAGCCAUUAUGACCUUCAAGAAGGAAGAAGCCAAGGAUAAAGUGUUGAAGAUGGAGCAUACCAUCUGCAGUGUUCCAGUCAAGAUAUAUCCGUAUUUUAAAUCACUGGGUACAGCAUUAUAUGGUAGCAACAGGCCAACAUGGAAGCUGCCUGAUCCCAUCACAGUCAGUGUACAUCCUGCAAUCAGGAAGUUCCUUCUAAAGAAAGGGCUGAUUUCCUCUAUCAGAGACCAGAUGAGCUCACAUUUCAGCCAAAUAAACAUGGACAAACCUGAUGUUCUUCUCAGUCCUGAUCCAGCAUUGCUGAAACAGAAAGGUGUAACCAGAAGACACAUUGAUGGCUGGAGUAAGAAUGCCUCAGAUGCCUUCAAUGAAUUGAUGUCCAACUACACAGCAUUUGAGUGGCCAGUACUGAACACCUUGUGGACCAAAUUGGAGGGUGAAAUUAAGGAAGUAGUGACAGAUAUGGUAUUUAUAGAUAUGGAUAGCUCUAAAGGAAUCGUAUCACUGGCAGGUGUGGCCAAUGAUGUAAUUGGCCUGAAACCCAUCAUGAAGAAAAUGUUAGAAAGAGCAACAACUCAGAUGGAGAGAGAGAGGAAAAGUGUUACAGAAGACAUGGAUAUGUCCCCUACCAUGUACUUUCUGCUCGUGCAUGAUGGCAUGCAAGGUGCUUCUACGGUUUCUCCACAACUGCACAUUGACUACAAAAAAGACCUGAACAAAUUGGUUUUAUCAGGUCUUAAAACGGAAAUUCUCACCUUCAAGAAUGAUAUCCUUGAGAAGAAAUUAAAAAUUAAACAGAAGCAUUUAAGGAUGGACCGUUCAAUCCUGGAAUUCUUGAGAUCAGUGGAUUGUGAUGAGAUGUCCAGAGAUUUGUUUAUAUCUCAUGGAAUAAGUGCUGUCUACACAGUCUUUAAUGGAGAUAUUCUUUUGUUUGGGAGCACAGAAAGAGCACUUGCUGAUGCAGAGAAGAAGCUGGGGAUGGUUCUCACAUUCAGCAUCCUCACUGUAAAAGAUCAGGGUGUCCUUGCAUUGCCACAGUGGCAGGAUCUCAAUAAAACACUGCAAAAUUCAUACAACACUUCCAAAAAGAGAACUGUUUUAAUAAACUUUUCAGCACAGAGAGACAAAGUAAUAGUGUCUGGAUUCAGAGAACCAGUAAGAGAGGUCAGUUUAAACUUAGGAGAUUUCAUUGAGAAUCGCAGUAGAAUUGAAGAUGUAGUUCGUGUCAAAUCACACGCAGUGGUUGAAUUCAUAAAAGACAAAAAAUCACAGGACUGGAAGAGUUUAUUUAAAUCUGAUGAGGUGAAAGUAAAUUUUGAUUCAAAGAGACCUUGGAUCAAACUAUCUGGAGAACGUGCAUUUGUCCAGCCAGCUAUGACCUUCUUCAUAAAGAUGGCAGAUGCUCUCUACACUGACACAUUGAUCAUUAAGAAGGCAGGGGCAAAGAAGUACUUCAUGGAGCAAGGCAGAUUUAUGCUUUCAAUGUUUUUGAAGGAAAAGGGAUUUGUGGUGGUGCUCCAGGAAGAUCACAUGAUAGAGGAUGAGGAGGAUGAAUUUUACGAAGGUAGUUCUGAAGAUUUUGGGCAGCUGUCUUGUGAGGUUCGGAUGCCAGGGGGUGUAACUGUUACAGUCAGAAAGGCAGACAUUUGCAAGUUAAAUGUUGAUGCUGUAGUCAAUGCUGCUAAUGAAGAUCUGCAGCACACUGGUGGGGUUGCUUUAGCACUUCUCAAAGCUGCUGGACCACAUCUGCAGCAAUGUUGUGAUCGGUACACUAAAGUAAAUGGACGUCUAAGAGCUGGAGAUGCCGUCAUCACUGAGGCUGGUCAACUUCCUUGUAAAUAUGUGGUCCAUGCUGUUGGACCCCGCUUCAGCAAUUCAGACAGACCUACUGCAGUGAAAUGCCUAAGACAUGCUGUGAGGGAAAGUUUGAACAUGGCUUCAGGCAAAAAUUGCUCCUCCAUUGCGGUUCCUACAAUCAGCUCAGGGAUAUUUGGCUGUCCUCUCGAACUUUGCACUGAGACAAUCGCUAAGGAGGUGCAUGACUACAUCGAUGAUCAGAACCGCAGUGGAUCAAGGAGCAGCCUAACUGAGAUUAAUUUGGUUGACAACAAUGACAGCACUGUGAAAGCCAUGGCUCAUGCUGUCAGAAAGGAGUUUGCUGCUUUUAGCCCUAAAAUGACUUUCCCUCAUCAUCCCUCAUCUAAACCUCAUUGGAAAAGCAACCAUGGACACAGAGGUCAAGCCUAUCGCGGUCGUGGCCGUGGUCGUGGUCGUGGUGAUCAUGGACAUAGAAACCAAGACUUUAGAAGUCACAAUUAUGAACCAAAAAAUGAACAUGGUAAUAGAGACUUUGAAAGACAAACACAUGGUAGAGGAGAAACCACAGGCUCAUUUUCUCCUGCUAGAUCAGAGAACUUUGAAGGUGUUUUCGAGACCAAAACAACACAAGAGGGACUAAAAAUCACCUUGAGGAAAGGGAACAUUCAGGAUGCUUGUGCUGAUAUAAUUGUAAACACUAUAUCAGAAGACUUGGACCUUAGGAAAGGUGCUGUUUCCAGAUCAAUCCUUCAGACUGCUGGUCAUCAGCUUCAGUCAGAAGUCACUAGAGCUGCUCGCUUAGACAAUCCACAUUAUGGAGACACAGUCAUCACAAAUGGUUAUAACCUAAAAUGUACAAAGGUCUUCCAUGUGAUUUGCCCUUUUUGGAAUGGUGGACAUCGCUCAGAAGAUGAGGUACUAAUUCAGAUAAUUAGAGAUUGCCUGGGAAAAUCAGACGCUCAGGGGAUGGCUUCAAUCUCCCUCCCAGCUAUUGGUACUGGGAACCUUGGCUUUCCUAAGGAUCUAGUGGCCAAGAUCAUGCUGAGUGAAUUCCAGCAAUUUACCCCUCAAAACCUUCGUGAGGUAACUGUGAUUGUGCACCCUUCUGACAAGGAAAGUGCUGAGUGCUUUACCAACAUCUUUAGACAUGGGAUUCAGGGUCCCAUCACAAAAGGGGGAAAUCAACUGAACUUGCCUAAAGCAAAUUCGUUUGUCAAGACUGCACAGACCUCUGAAAUGCUUGGCAAAGUCUCCACUCCCUCUCUCGGAGUUCACACAUUGCAUGUGGGUCAAGUGAUCCUAGAGGUUUCAUCAGGAGACAUAACUAAAGAAAAAACUGAUGCCAUUGUCAACUCUUCAAAUCAUACAUUUUCUCUGAAAGCAGGAGUUUCCAAGGCCAUUUUAGGUGCUGCUGGAUUACAAGUGGAACAGGAAUGUUUACAGAUUGUGAGCUCAUCAAACAGUCAGCAAAAAGAGAUUGUAACCUCAGCUGGGCAGCUCCCAUGUGGAAACAUCAUCCAUAUUAUUGGGCGUAAUAGUCCAGCUGACAUAAAGAAUGGUGUUUUGUCUGUUCUUAAAUUGUGUGAGGCACACAAAUUUACCUCUGUUGCAUUCCCAGCUCUUGGCACAGGUCAAGGUGGUGCAAAUCCAGCUGAUGUUGCAGACGCAAUGGUUGAUGCAUUUGUUGACUUUGUGAAGAAAAAGAAAGCGGUGCAUGUGAAGUUUGUGAAGUUCCUUAUAUUCCAGAUGAACAUGGUAGCUGACUUCCAUCAAAGCAUGCUCAGAAGAUCCGGUGAGAAAGUGGAGGAAGAGAAAAGCAUGUUAGGCAAGAUUAAAGACUUCUUCCUUGGGUACAGUUCUGAAAAUCCCACAAAUGAAGAGUUUGUGAUAGUGAGCAAGGAAAUUGAGCCAGUUGUGUUCCAACUAUGUGGGGAGACAGCAGAAGACUUAAGAAAUGCCAGAGAAAUGAUCAACACCUUGAUAAUAAAGGAGCAAAUGAACAUUCCCAUCUGUGAUCCAGCCAUUGCUCAUUUCACCAAAGAGGAUGUAGAAAUGCUGAACGCCAUGCAGAGGGAGCUCACAGUUAGUUUCAAACUUGAGAAGAAAGGCCAACACUCAGUCAUUACAUUGGAGGGACUGACAAGAGACGUACACAUUGCAGAGAGUCGUAUUUGGGACAUGAUCCGUAAAGUGGAAAGGAAUGAAAAACGAAGACGUGAUGCAUUUAUGCUCAGCAGCGUGGUUGAGUGGAAAUAUAUGGAUGGUGGGCACAGCCUCAAAUCCUUUGAUAUGCUCACCAAUUUUGAUCUGGAAAUGGCCUAUCAGAACAAACAACCUUCAGUGAAGAUCAAGAUUGAUAAUGAUGAAUUUUAUGUCGAUAUUUUUCAGCAAGUUGCCAUAGGGCAGAGAACGAAGUUCAAACUAAAGCGAGUAGAUCUGGAAGUAGCUCAAACCACUUUGCCUUCACAUUGGGAUGAUAUGAAAGGACAGUCAGUUGUUGUGGUACAACUCGCAGCAAGAUCACAGGAAUAUGCAGAUGUGGAGAAAGCGUUCAAGAGAACUGGACUGACCUUUAACAUCAUUACAAUUGAAAGAGUCCAAAACAGCACCCUCUGGAAGAACUACAUGAUCAAAAAGGAAGAACUGGAAGAUAAAAACCAGCACAAAAACAACGAGAAGCAUCUCUUCCACAGCACUGACCCUGAUAAGACAGAUCAAAUCAACCAUCAUGGCUUCAAUCGCAGCUACGCUGGCAUGCAUGGAGCUAUGUAUGGGAAGGGUUCAUAUUUUGCUGUUGAUCCAAGUUACUCAGCCCAAGGCUACCCUAAACCUGAUGCCAAAGGACACAGAUGCAUGUACCUCGCCAGGGUGCUUGUCGGGGACUUCACUCAAGGAAAACAAGGCCUUGUCAUUCCCCCUGCGAAGAGCUCAAACGGUGUUGAUCUCUAUAACAGUGUGACUGAUAACCAAAACAACCCAUCUAUGUUUGUAAUCUUCAAUGAUGUACAGGCUUACCCAGAAUUCUUAAUCACUUUCCAGUAAGGAUUUAGAGUUCAGUGAAUGAUUUGGUACUGUUUUAUUACACUGUUUAGAUGAAGCUGAACACACAGGUGUAAUAUAUACUAGAAGGAAUUAUUAGGAAAUAAUCAUAACAAUGAAGGCUGGGGUAUCUUCCUCAUACAUGACAAAAAACUGAGAGAGCACAAAAGGAAUCUCUGAGUCUGUGCUGAAAUAUAAUCCUGAGGAAAAUCUCAGUCCUUAGCCCAUUGUUUGCAUAAAUUGUUCUCUUCCCUCGCAUUUGUAUAAACAGUAAUGCUCUGUUUUUAGUUUCUUUAUUACAUUGAUUGAAAUAUUUCAUUGACAUUUUCUAUGGCUAUACUGUAUUGGCAUCCCAUAAUUACUAGAGGUUAUAAAAACAAGAAUUUGUACAUUUUAAUUGAUUGCAGUGUCUGAAAUACCCUUGUGUCAUUUUUCUUUCAUUAUUAAUGUGACUAUUGUCACUAAACCCUAUCUGAAUACAGGUUUACGGUAAUAAAUAUUCUUAUCUGA